AUGAAAACAUUUUGUUAUAUUAAUUACUACAAAAAACUUCUUAAAAGAACUGCAAUAAGAAGAUACUGUUCUCAAGCUAGUAAAGAUGCCAACAAUAAUGUAGAAAAUAUCAGAAAUAUUGGAAUCUUAGCACACAUAGAUGCAGGAAAAACAACAACAACUGAGAGGAUGCUGUUCUAUUCUGGCACAAUUCACUCUAUGGGGGAGGUGCACCAUGGUAACACUGUCACUGACUACAUGGAGCAAGAGAGACAACGAGGGAUUACUAUAACUUCGGCUGCUGUAUCAUUCCCGUGGAGGGGACACCAGAUCAAUUUGAUAGAUACUCCAGGUCACAUUGACUUUACAAUGGAAGUGGAACAGAGUUUAGCUGUAUUAGACGGUGCUAUUGUGGUGCUGGAUGCAUCAGCUGGCGUGGAGGCUCAAACAUUGACUGUAUGGCGGCAAGCUAGUGGAUACCGCAUACCUCGGCUGUUAUACCUCAACAAGAUGGACAGAGCUGACGCUGACGCGGACGCGUGUGUACACUCCAUACGCGAUAAACUACAGGCCGCACCACUAUUAUUGCACUUGCCUGUACAUCAUGAAGGAAAAUUUAUAGGUCUAAUCGACUUAAUAGCAAUGGAAGAAAUAAUUUGGACGCACGGCCGGGGCAAGAAUUUGUCGCGGCGAAAAUUGACCGAGCAAGCAGACGGCCAGAAAUGGGAGGAGGCACUGAAAGGGCAUAGAGAACUCGUAGACUCUAUUUCGUCUAUGGAUGAUCAAUUAGCAGAGAUAAUUAUAAAUGAGGAAUCUCUAGACAACAUAGCCACUAAGGAUAUCCAGGACGCUGUCAACAGAUGCACAAUAGCAAUGAAAGGUUUUCCAGUUUUGUGCGGGAGCUCUUACAAAAAUCUAGGAGUUCAAACCUUGAUGGAUGCCGUGGUUGCCUACCUACCCUCUCCACUGGAAUGCAAUAAGCUGUACGACUGUUUUGGUCAGGACCUUGCUGCUAGGGCGUUUAAGGUGCAACACGAUGAUCAGAGAGGUGUGCUCACUUUUUUGAGGCUCUAUGGAGGGGAGAUUAAUAAAGGACAAAAGAUAUACAACUUGGCGAGAGACAAGAGCGAACAGACGGGUUCAUUGUACGUGGCGCUGGCUGAUGAAUACAAACCAGUGGAGACGGUGACAGCCGGGAAUAUUGCUGUGGUCAGCUCACUGAAGGCAACUAUGACCGGCGACCUGAUAACGUCGUCGCAAGCGUGCGCCAACCGAGCCAAGGAGCGCCUGACGUCACAGCUGCGGGCCCCCGAAUGGGCCGCGCGCCUGCUGGGGCCCGCCGCGCGCCGCCGCCUGCACGCGCGCCUGGAGGAGGCCACGCCCGAGGCCGCCGCCGACAUACUGCUCGGGAUCGGUAAUACGAUCCCAGAACCCGUCUUCGUAUGUACGAUCGAGCCGCCGAGCGCGGCGUACCAAAGCGCUCUCGACACAGCUCUGGCCGAACUGGCGAGAGAAGACCCCAGUCUACGCGUGAGCACCGACGAGGAGACGGGCCAGGUUAUAUUAGCCGGCAUGGGCGAACUCCACCUGGAGAUCAUAAAGGAGCGCAUCAUAAGGGAGUACAAGAUAGAGGUGGAGUUGGGCGGGCUGAGGAUCGCGUACAGGGAGGCGCUGGUGGGGGGGGCGCGGCGCGCGGCCGCCGUCGACCGCAGCGUCGGCGGCGCGCGGCAGCGCCUCGCCGUCACGCUCUCCGCCUGCAGCCGCGGCGGCCCGCACCACCACGUGCUCAGGUUGGACAAAUCAGCGGAGAGCGCUGCGAAUCUAGCGCACUUACAUCCGCGUCACUUGGCGGCGAUAACACGCGGCGUCAACACUGCGAUACAACACGGACCCAAGCUUGGGUGUCCGCUGGUGGAUGUACAAGUGACGCUGCACUGGUUCGAGGUCGGUCGGGGCACGUCAGAGUCCGUCAUCACCGCCACUGUCGCGCAAUGUUUACGGAAGGUGUUCGAAGAAGCGGACUCGGUGCUGCUGGAGCCGGUGAUGUUGCUGGAGGUGGUGUGUCCGGAGUCCCACUCCGCGCGGGUACUGGCGGACCUCACGCGGCGGCGCGCCACGCUGCGGCACGUCACGCUGCGGCAACAUAACAAGGUGAUCGAGUGCCUGGUGCCGCUGUCGGAGCUGCUCGGCUACUCGUCGGCGCUGCGCUCGCUGUCGUCGGGCCUCGCCGCCUUCACGAUGGAGUUCCACUCCAACAUGCGCAUGUCGCCCGCGGACGAGCGGAACGCCAUCAGGAACGUCACCGGCUUCUAA